AUGCUUUAUGCUCUUUCAGCUCUGGUCUUAGGCUCUGCCAUAGCUCACGGUCUGGCUACAACUGUGCCAGAUAAUGCAGAUCUUCCAGUCCACAUCAUUGCUCGCAUCAACGACGGCCCGAGAUUCGAGGAUCUUGCUGUCCGCGCCAACGGCCAGAUCCUUGCAACAACAACUCAGCCAAAUGCAAGCAUUUAUCAAUUCGAUCCGCUUGGUAUCUUGCCCCCAACGCUUGUGUACAACGUUCCGAACAUUCGCAGCGCAGUGGGCAUCGCGGAGCGCGAGCAAGACAUAUUCUACGUUGCCUCUGGAGACUUCGAUAUCAUGAAUCCAUCAAACACUACCCCAGCUUCGUAUUCUAUCACCAGGAUUGAUAUGCGAGGUGUGGAAGUCUUGCCCAAAGGUGGAUUGACGAAAGCGCCAUACGCCCAGCGCGUUGCUUCUCUUCCGAAUGCUGCCUUACCCAACGGUAUCGCGUUUGCGCGACCUUUGUCGGAGCACCUCCUCGUGGCUGAUUCGUUCCGCGGACUCAUCUGGAAUGUUAAUGUCUGCACCGGGGAGGUCGGAGUGACGCUGAAAGACAAUAGCACCACCGGUUCCACGCCGACAGGGCCCAACUUCACGGGAGUAAAUGGUGUCAAGGUCCGCAAAGGGAACAUCUACUACACAAAUACCGGAAAGAGCAGUCUCUACAGAGUGGCGGUCGAUGAGAAAGGUCAGGUGCAGGAGACAAGCACUCCCACGCUCAUUACGGGGAACCUGACAUGCGAUGAUCUCGUGCUCGACCGUGAUGGUACCGCAUACGUUGCUGGACCAUUGGGCGUAGUCACGAAGGUCGAUCCGUCUGGCCAACAGGAGCUGUCUCCUUCUCAGCCCGACUUGGCUUUUCGCGCCUGCCAAUCACGUGCUGUUCAGUCAAUGUUGGUCAAAUUUUGA